AUGUCUACCCUUCGACUGACCAUUGAAGAUGGUCAAUUUAGAGACAAUCACGGCAGACAUGUCCUCCUGCGCGGCAUAAAUGUUGCCGGCGAUGCGAAGCUGCCAAGCACCCCAGACGUUCCGUCGCAUAUCGUCGACGACUUCUUUGACGGCGACAAUGUCAAGUUUCACGGCCGGCCGUUCCGCAAAGAGGAUGCACACAUUCACUUCUCGAGGCUGAAGCGCUAUGGGUACAACACCAUCCGCUACGUCUUUACCUGGGAGGCGGUCGAGUCUGCCGGGCCCGGCAAGUACGACGAAGUAUGGAUACAGCACACCAUCGACGUGCUCCGCGAGGCCAAGGACUACGGCUUCUACAUCUUUAUGGAUCCGCAUCAGGAUGUGGUCAGUAAUAUUGCAUCAGCCUCCCCCGGCAUGAUUACUCCUGCUAACUCGUAUGUUAACCAGUGGUCUCGAUACUGCGGCGGUUCGGGCGCCCCCAUGUGGACAUUGUACGCCUGCGGUUUGAACCCCCAAAGCUUUGCAGCAACGGAGGCUGCUAUAGUACACAAUACAUACCCCGAACCAGAAAAUUUUCCAAAAAUGAUAUGGUCGACCAACUACUACCGUCUUGCGGCGGCAACAGUGUUUACUCUCUUCUUUGGCGGUAGAGACUUUGCGCCGAAAGCUAUAAUAAAUGGUCUCAAUAUUCAAGAUUUCUUGACUGGCCACUACCUGGGCGCCAUCUCCCACGUUGCAAAACGACUCAAGGAGGCGGGUGGGAUCCUCAACGAUGUCAUCUUUGGCUGGGAGUCUUUGAAUGAGCCAAACCGAGGCAUUAUAGGGAACGCAGACUUGAGCGUAAUUCCGAAAGAGCAAGCCCUCAAGAAGGGCACGGCACCGACAAUAUGGCAGGCCAUUCUUACCGGUUCUGGAAGAGCUUGUGAGGUUGACACGUGGGAUAUGGGCGGCCUAGGACCAUACAAAGUAGGACGGUCGCUCAUUGACCCUCACGGAGAGAUUGCCUGGUUGCCUGCUGACUACGACGACUCGAGGUAUGGCUGGACGCGCGACCCUGGCUGGAAGCUGGGCGAAUGCUUGUGGGCCCAGCACGGAGUCUGGGAUCCUACCAAAGAUGUGCUACUGAAGAAAGACUAUUUCGCCAAGAACCCACGCACUGGCGAUGUGCUCGAUCAUGAAAAGUUCACGAAUACCUACUACAUGGAGCACUAUCGGCUGUAUCGCGACACCGUCCGCGCUCAGCAUCCCGAUGCCAUCAUGCUGUGCCAGCCUCCAGUUUUUGAAGUACCCCCAUCCAUCAAGGGAACUGCUGAUGAUGAUCCCAAGAUGGUCUAUACUCCCCACUUCUACGACGGAAUCACCCUCAUGACGAAGAAGUGGAACCGGACAUGGAACGUCGAUGUCCUUGGUAUAUUACGUGGUCGAUAUCUGCAUCCCGCAUUUGCCAUCAAGGUCGGGGAAACUGCAAUUCGAAAUUGCUUCAGAGAUCAAAUGGCUGCUAUGAAAAAGGAGUGCUUAGACUACAUGGGAAAGCAUCCCGUGUUGAUGAGCGAGUUUGGAAUUCCUUACGACAUGGAUGAAAAGAAUGCUUACAAGACGGGAGAUUACUCCAGUCAAUCUGCCGCCAUGGAUGCCAAUCAUUACGCAGUUGAGGGGGCUGAGCUCGACGGCUAUACUCUGUGGCUCUAUGAUACGCAAAAUGAUCAUGUCCGUGGCGAUCUGUGGAACGGCGAGGACCUCUCCAUCUUUUCCCUCGACGAUCAAACCCUCCCGAUGCCGUCAGUACCUCGAACGCCAGAUGGGAAUACGUCGCAAUCAAGCUUCUUGAAGACAGCCGCGACCCAAGUUAGACCCGAGGUAGACGAUGAAGCCUCCGUCACUCCUGGAAAUCUCAAGCGCACCCUGACUAACCCGUCCAUUUCAUCAAAGCCACCCAGUCUGAAUCCUGAACUCACCAAUGCCCCUGGCUAUCGGGCCGCUGAAGCCUUUGUUCGUCCAGCUCCAAUCGUCAUAAGCGGCACACAGACCUCUUAUGGUUUCGAUUUGAAGACUUGCGUCUUCCAUCUGUCAUUGACUUCUUCUACGCCGACAUCAGAAACGGAGCCCACGACCAUUUUCUUACCAGAAUACCACUUCCCCCGCGAUCAAGUCAGCGUGGAGGUCUCGGGCGGCAAGUGGGAGAUUAGCACCGACGAUGAAGAGCGCGCAUGGAUCCAGAAACUUCGUUGGUGGCAUGGAGAAGGCAAACAUGAUAUCAAGAUUACAGGACUCGUCCGACCUCAUAACAAUCUCAACGGUUCUGCAGAAGAGGCUGGCUACCUCGAGCAGUGCCAGGCAAGUUACGGUAUCGACGUCGGCAAGUGCGCGUUGAUGUAG